AUGCACGAAAAGUCAAACAACGAUCAUUGGCACGCUGUGGAGGACCCGAAGAAACGAAAGCAAAUACAAGAUCGACUAGCACAAAGAGCCCGACGUAAGUCUUUCCUACCAUUUCAUGUACCUGUGUCAGGUGCUGACCCCAACCUUGUUUCUCACGACACCAUCGAGCUAUCUACAACAGCCUGUGACCAGACGGAAUCGGCAUGCAGUAGCAGUUUGCUUCCUUUCGAUCUAGGGGACAUAAGCUUCUGCAACUUGGACCCGACGCAAGUCGCGUCACCCACAGCACAGCCACCGUAUCCCUUAACAGUCUAUGGGGCCCUCUAUAUCAACGGCCGAAUGUUAGGUUUAUCUUGCAGCACGACUGUGCCAGCAAAGUCUUCUCCAGUUUCGUCGGGCAUUCCCGUACCCCUGCAACCAACACCAUUGCAACUCCUCACUAUACACGCCCGCUGGAUAGAUAGGUUUCCGUUCCCAAAGAUGCGGAAUAACAUGAUUUCCAUGGGCGGAAUCAUAGACGAUGAGGAGUUCCUAUCCGACCUUUUCACUAUCCCGAGUUUCUCCAUCAAACCUGGUUGUGCUACCUGGGAUCCACAUGGUUGGAAGAUUGAGAAGCCAUUCUUGGAAAAAUGGGGCUAUUUGUUUUUCUAA